AUGAGCUUCGUGAGAGCGUUUUCGUUCCUCACGGUUGUGAGCCUGUGUACUUACACUCUCCUCUCUUUGGCCACGUCAGAUCCCCCCACAUCGCCGCUACGUAACGGCACCCACCACGAGAUUCCUUCCUUCGGACUGGGGACUUGGUUGGCGGAGAAGGGACAGGUGGCUCACGCGGUGGAAUAUGCGCUGAAGGGUGGUUAUCGCCACAUUGACGCCGCUGCUGCCUACCACAAUGAGGAGGAAGUCGGCGCGGGCAUCAGAGCCUCAGGUGUUUCGCGGGACAAGAUCUGGGUGACCAGCAAACUAUGGAACACAGAUCAUCGCCCGGAGCUAGUGCGCAAGGCUAUCGAGAAGUCUAUCGCCGAACUUGGUAUUGAGUACCUUGACCUCUAUCUCAUCCACUGGCCUGUUGCUUUCGUCCACGGCUCAGAGAACAAGGAGCUAGACAACGACACCUCAAUCGUCGAUACCUGGAAGGCCAUGGAAGAGCUCGUGCAAGCCAACUUGACGCGCAACAUUGGCAUCUCCAACUUCGCCCCCAAGGACAUCCAGAAAAUCCUCAAGAUCGCCACCGUCCGCCCGUACGCGCACGAGUUUGAAACACACCCCUACCUGCAACAACAGUCCUUUGUCGACUUCCACGCGGAGGAGAACAUCAAGGUCAUCGCCUACUCGCCCCUCGCCAACACAAACCCCACAUACAACCCCGACAUCCCCAGCAUUCUGCACGACGCCUUCUGGACCAAGCUCGCCGAGAGCAAGAACGCCACCGUUGCACAGACGGUGCUCGCCUGGGGACAGCAGCGGGACACGGUUGUGAUUCCCAAGAGUACUCACGACAAGUACAUUGACGAGAACUAUGGUUCGCAGAAGAUUGAGUUCACUGAAGAUGAGCUCGCCGACGUUGCGGCUCAGGAUAAAAAGUAUCGAUUUCUCAACCCUGGGAAGGGCUGGGGAGUUGACCUUUUUGAGGGUCUUGAUGGAGUUCCUAAGAAGGAAAGUGAGGAGGAUGAUCGGAACACAGAUUUAUAA